AUGGAACUGCUCAAUGAAGCUGGAAACUUGGCAGCUGUUCAAAAUUUACUACGCUCCAAUCCUUACUGGGCUGGCUAUGUUGGUCAACUUGGUGGUCUUCCUGCACCGCUGCCUCUUGUAAUGAGCUUACCUUUGUCUGCCGCAAUAUCCUCCGUUCCACACUCUCUUUCGUUUAUGUUUCCUUCCACAACUCAAGUUGUUGCCUCGAAAGAGUCCACAUCCAUUGAUGUUGAAGACACAAACACUAACUAG